GAGACACUGGUGAGUGAAGCUUCAGAGAGAGACAAAACAUUGAAAAUUAAAAAAAGAAAAGAAAACCCAGAGAGACAAUUUAUUAAUCUUUUUCUUUUUUUUUCUUCUUUAAUUUUGUUUUUGGUAUUGAAGAAUUGAUUUCUUGUCCAAGUUAAUUUUUCUUUCGAUGAUGAGUUCCUGCAAAUUAAAGCAACGGCUGUGAUAUCUUUGAUUGCAAUCCAAGGUCCCACCAGAAACAGACCCAACUUACCCCCCCUAACUCUCUCUCUAAAGCUCUCUCUCACAUUCUUCAAAUGGAUUCCAAGAACCAGAACAAGCCUCCAUCACCCAACACUUCCACUGUUGCAAGCCCCUCUGAUAAAAAAUAUUUAGUUGACGAAAUUUUGGAAGAUAGGCGGCCAAAGACCGGACUUUCCAAGAUGAUGGGGCCGGCGAAUGGCAGUAGAACGCGGCAAGCCUUCACCAUUGUGAAUGGCGGUCGAGAUCUUGGUCUGGUUGGUGGGCUGGCGAGCAAUGGUAGUUCUGAUUGCAGCAUUAUUGAGUUUACAAAUGAGGACGUUGAGUCAUUAUUGAAUGAGAAGAUGAGAACAAAGAACAAAUUCAAUUUUAAGGAGAAAUGUGAUCAAAUGAUGGAGUAUAUUAGGAGACUUAGGCUUUGUAUUAAAUGGUUCCAAGAGCUUGAAGGGAGCUAUCUGUUGGAGCAAGAGAAGCUUAAUAGUUUGUUGGAAAUGUCAGAGAAGAAAUGCACGGACAUGGAGUUGCUAAUGAAGGAAAAGGAAGAAGAAUUUAAUUCAAUUAUAAUGGAAUUGAAGAGAAACUGUGCAUCUUUACAAGAGAUAUCCACAAAGGCAGAAUCAGAUAAGUUGGCUGCAGUGGAUGCUCUUGCAAAAGAGAAAGAGGCUAAAGCUACUGAGAACACAAGUGCUAAUCAGAAGAUUUCAUCGCUGAACGAUAUGUACAAGCGAUUGCAGGAGUACAACACAAGUUUGCAACAUUACAACAGUAAACUUCAGUCAGAACUUGCUACAAAUAAUGAAACCCUUAAGCGCGUGGAGAAAGAGAAAGCUGCUGUAGUGGAGAAUCUCAGCACCAUAAGGGGUCACUAUACUAUGUUGCAGGAACAGCUAAUUUCAUCUCGAGGUUUACAAGAUGAGGCUAUGAAUCAGAAAGAAGCUCUUAUGAGUGAAGUUGGAUCCCUUAGGGGAGAUCUGCAGCAAGUGAGAGAAGAUCGUGAUCGCCAAUUGUUACAAGUGCAGGCGUUAACAGAUGAAAUUGUGAAAUAUAAAGAACGUAGUGGAAAAUCCUUCGCUGAGUUGGACUCUCUAACAUUAAAGUCCAAUGAAUUGGAGGAAAGAUGUCUGUCUCAAAGUGAGCAGAUAAGAACAUUGCAAGAUCAACUUCUUGCUGCAGACAAUAAAUUACAGAUGUCUGAUUUAUCUGCAUUGGAGACAAGAACAGAAUUUGAAGAGCAAAAGAAACUUAUUCACGACUUACAAUGUCGUCUUGCUGUCGCAGAAGUGAAAAUUAUUGAAGGAGAGAAUCUACGUAAAAAAUUACACAAUACAAUAUUGGAACUAAAGGGGAACAUCCGCGUUUUCUGUAGAGUACGACCUUUGUUGCCUGAUGAUGGCGUAGGUACAGAAGCAAAAGUUUUUUCUUAUCCCACAUCAACUGAAGCACUUGGGCGAGGCAUUGACUUGUUACAAAAUGGAGAUUCAGGACAAAAACAUUCUUUCACAUUCGAUAAAGUAUUCAUGCCUGAUGCCUCACAAGAGGAUGUUUUUGUGGAAAUCUCACAACUUGUACAGAGUGCUCUUGAUGGUUAUAAGGUUUGCAUCUUUGCUUAUGGCCAAACGGGUUCUGGUAAAACCUAUACUAUGAUGGGCAGGCCCGGAAACCCAUUUCAGAAAGGACUGAUACCACGCUCAUUAGAACAGAUUUUUCAGACUAGGCAAUCUCUUCAAUCCCAAGGAUGGAAAUACGAAAUGCAGGUGUCAAUGUUGGAAAUAUACAAUGAAACGAUACGUGAUUUGUUAUCAGUGAAUCGACCCUGUUCAGACGUAUUACGAACAGAGAAUGUUGUUUUAGGAAAGCAGUAUGCAAUCAAACAUGAUGCAAAUGGCAACACUCAUGUCUCUGACCUGACCAUUGUGGAUGUUCGCAGUAGUAGAGAGGUUUCAUUUCUUUUAGAUCAGGCUGCACAAAGCAGGUCGGUAGGCAAGACCCAGAUGAAUGAGCAUUCUUCGAGAAGUCAUUUCGUCUUCACUCUCCGAAUAUCAGGUGUUAAUGAGAGCACUGAGCAACAAGUACAAGGCGUUUUGAAUCUUAUUGACCUUGCUGGAAGUGAGCGUCUCUCUAAGAGCGGCUCUACUGGCGACCGGCUGAAAGAAACACAAGCCAUUAAUAAGAGUUUGUCAUCUCUAAGCGAUGUUAUAUUUGCCUUGGCAAAGAAGGAGGACCACGUGCCAUUUAGGCACUCAAAGCUUACAUAUCUUCUCCAGCCUUGCCUAGGUGGGGACUCGAAGACCUUGAUGUUUGUGAAUAUUUCUCCCGAUCCUUCCUCUAUGGGUGAAUCACUUUGUUCACUUAGGUUUGCAGCAAGGGUUAAUGCUUGUGAGAUUGGGAUUCCUCGGCGUCAGACCAACAUGCGGUCUUCAGAGGCUCGCUUGAGCUAUGGUUGAUUUUGAUAGAAAAAAGUGAAAAAAGAAUAUUGGGCUUGCAUCAGUGAUAGUAAGUAGGGUUUGCCCAUUUGAGUCAUUAAAUUUGUAUUUGUGAAGAUUCUACCAAGAGUUAUUGACAUGGAUCAGAACCACGAUGUGUUUUCGCUUAUCCUUUGUAUGAUUUAACUGAAAAU